AAAAAACCGAACGAGGGGAUCUGCACCGAGGAGAAAAAAAGAUGCGCCCCCUUACCAGCAUCGAGAGACGACCACAUUUGUCUCGCCUCAUUCAUGAUUCGCCAUUCAUGCAUUUGUAAGAGUGGAAGCACCGCACAGAGAGCCGGGCUUUCAAAUAGCGUCUGUCAACCCUGUACAAGCCCCUUCGCCGGCCUUCCUUUGACGGAGCUUCUUUUCUGUAGUGAUGCAGAGCAGGGGUUUUAUUUUAAAUGUAGGCAAACAAAAGGAAUCCAAGAUCCCCACCCUGUUUCCUUUUGACGCACCUGUCAGCCCGGCCGCCGCUUGACAUGACAGCAGCUCCGAGCAGCAGCAGCAGCAGCAGCAGCAGCAGCAGCAGCAGCAGGAUCGAGCGGCACCGGGGAGCCGGACGUGUGGACUCAAUAAGGAAGAAAGGAGCCUCCGGACGCACGGCGGAUAAUCAUCAGCAUCAGCAUCAUCGGCAGCCUCGGCGAGGCCGGAUUGCAGUUUGUGGGGACGAGCACCAAGGGCAGUGCGGCAGUCAGCGGGCACACCAGGGGGAGGAGGCUGCAGAGGUCUGUGAUACUUCCUCCCCAGUCCCUACUGUGCUCUCACCUCAACAUCACCCCCAAUAUUUGCCCAUGCAGGCGGCUUUUACGUUUGAUGAAUGGUGACUGGUUCUCCGGGCAAGGGUGGAACCUGGAUGGGACUGAUGUGCAUGCUGGUCAGGUGUCAUUUGCUCCCUUGUUUAUUGCUCACUCUGCUGGUCACCUGCAGUAUGGGAUGUAUUCAAAGCAUCGCGUGCAAGCCCCGCAUCAGACGGGAGAAUAUUGUGGUGUAUGAGGUGUCAGCCUCAAUUGACCAGUGUCCCACCAUCAUUGAGGAGAAUUCGCCCAUCGUACUUCGCUACAAGACGCCUUAUUUCAGGGCCUCGGCGGGAGUUGUCAUGCCACCGGUGCCCCGGAAUGAAACUUGGGUGGUAGGCUGGAUACAAGCUUGCACCCAGAUGGAGUUCUACAACACGUAUGGGGAUAUCGGCAUGUCCAGCUGGGAGUUACCAGAGCUGCGCGAGGGCCGGGUCAAGGCGAUCAGCGAUUCCGAUGGCGUCAGCUAUCCGUGGUACGGCAACACCACUGAAACGGUCACCCUCACCGGUCCUACCUCCAAACCGUCACGCCUGACAGUCAGCAUGAACGACAACUUCUACCCGAGUGUGACCUGGGCCGUUCCCAUCAGCAACAGCAACACCCCCAUGCUAACCCACAUCACCAGGGAUCAGAGCUUCAUCACCUGGCUGGUGGCCAUGAACUCCAUCACCAAGGAACGAAUUGUACUGCAGACGGUGCGGUGGCGUAUGCGGGUUGACAUCGCUGUCGAACCGGACAUGCCUCUGGGCUCGAGGGCCUCCCUGCUGGGUCGGCCUUAUCAGGAGCAGCCGCACAUCCUCAACUACCAGGAGCCGAUCCCUCCCAACGCCCUGGGGAGGCCGAACGCCAACGAUGCCCAAGUGCUAAUGUGGAGGCCACGGCGAGGAGUGCCACUCGUCGUCAUACCGCCAAAAUAAGAGACUCCCAAACAAAAGUUGUCUAUUCUUGCCAAAACAGAAGAUGAGGGUGAUGAAGCCAACAAGGGAACUGAUGCAUAAGGUGUCAGAGU